AUGUCGUGGUUCCGUUCUUUCCGGAGAGGAGAGUCCGAGGUUCACAAGGAUCUAGGUGAGGAGUCGCUGGAGGGCGUGGGGUCGGAGGAGGUCGGGUUGAGCACAUACUAUGAUGCCCAAAGGCGUGUCCCAUUGGCUGGGUCGUCGUCUCCCGGUCCUUUGUUGUCAUCGGAGUCCUCGCGGCCUGAGCGCGGAUUCGUGCGGCCGGGAGCGGUGCUGGAGGUGUGCCCCAUCAACUGCGAAGGCGAGCACAGAGGAAUGGUUGUGUGCAAUACUGUCUGGCGUGGACAUGCAGGGAAAAACAUGGAAAUCGUGGAAUUUCAGUCGUGCCGUGAAGAAAGCAUUACCAGCGAGGAAGUCCACUUCCCCCCACUUGUCCCGGUGCUUCCUAUCUGUUUAGACGACAGUGAUGUAAUCGAAUCGCCAUCACUCUACACCUGCUCCCGACCCGGCACUGGCCGCGAUGUCGUGGCCGACAAGGAAUGUUCCGAACUACCUACAGAACCCGAGCGACGUAUGCAACCACCCGAGGGACGUAUGCAACCACCCGAGGGACAUGUGAUUGCCCAACAACCCCUGAAGCCUGCCGAGGCACCCUUACGACCCAAUAUCCAACAACCGCAUGUGACCCAGCGACUCACUACGAAGCCCCUGUGCUCACUCGAAGAUGUCAGCAAACCCGCCCAGUCCGUGCAGGCAGUCGUGCAACCGGUGGUGCAGGCUGUCGUACACGCAGUCCUAGGGGAGCGGUCACCGCGUACGGAGUUCGCGCCUUCGGAGGCCAAGUCUCCGUCCACUAAGUCCGACCUGCUUAACUCCAAGUUGGAAUCUCUCAAUCCCAAGUUCGAAUCGAGUCUCGAACAACCCACGUACCGCAUGCCGCCGGAAACGACUACGACCGUGCCGCCGGAAACGACUACGACCGGCAUGUGCAACGGACACGUUCCAUCUCCACAUGACCGCGAAGAACCCAAAGUUACCAGCCGGAGCGAUCAAUCGACGAAAGAGUGCACCGGCCUUCUUGAGACGCCGCUCGCGAUCCGACCCGGUCCCCGUGCCCCUGACCCGGGAACACGAAACUCGCAACCUCGUUCCCCCAAGAUCGCGGCGCUCGUGUCUCCUCUAGUACCUCGCGCGGCUCCCAAACUGCCAGCCAGGUCCUCCACGGCCGACUGCGUCCUGGACUCGGCACCUCACGGAAGGCCACCGCCCCCGCUUCAGGGACCAGGCGCUGCUUACCCAAGACUGCUACCUCGCGGCGCGGUAACCCGAGCACCACUGGAUCGAGUCCCGUUGGAUCGAGAACCGCCGUUGGAUCGAGCACCGCCCCUCGAUCAAGCAGGUGGAGGACCCGCAGUGGGCACCGUUCCCUGUCUCAGUGGCAGUCUGGCCGACCUCGGAGGAGGAUGUUCGAGCAGCCUGAGCAGACAGCUUUCCUCGAGUCGGAUGCCCACUCAACGGAGGCCGGAUGGCAAGGUUGAAUUCAAGGAUCCGGGCGCGGGCUUUCCGGGUGCGGGCUUUACGGGUGCGGAGUCGGGACCGUUGGGCCUGGGCGUCGUGACCAGGUUGGGUGUCCCGACCAGCCAUGGCAAUACGGCACAUAUGAAUAGUGCGUUAAUACGUUCCGGACUGGUACCUGCCUCCGUGUUUGGCCCAUUCGCAACCACUACGGACUCUACGGAGCCGUUAUGGAGUGGGACCGGCCCAGUGACCAGUCGUUCAGAUCGGAUAGGGUGGCACACUCAAGACAGUCUGCAGCAGAGCGAGAGACUGCAGAGCGAAGUGUUGCUGAGCGAGGUGCUGCCGAGCGAGGCCUUGCCGAGCGAGAGGAAAUCUGAUUCGAGGCUGGAGGAACCCUCACGACCCGAUCGUCCGGCUAACUCUACAGAGAGGAAGCUCCAGCUGUCUGCCAGACUCCGACUCGAUGAGCCUGUGGAGGGAAAAUUGGACCGAGAGGAAAGGUUGGACCGAGAGGGAGGGUUGGACCGAGAGGGAGGGUUGGAUCGUGAAGUGGGCCGUGUGGCCUGCAGUGGGUUGGACUCCUAUGCUCUCGACUUCGGAGGUUGGCUGAAUCAGGGUAGUAAGCCGUUUCCUCAGUCGGCUCGAGACUUGCUGGGUGUGACUAUGACCACGAGCAACGCGCAUUCGUACGACGACGUCGAUAGCUUCGACUUGCGAGGCAGUCGGGACUUGCCGGAAGGUAGAGGUCCCUUGAGCAGUCUGCGGACGGACUCGAUGGACCUCUUUCGGCAACAAAGUCUUCUACGUGAAUUGAGACGCGGUACCACAGUGGCCACCGUCAGCAUGGCGAACCACUACACUGACUCGCAUCGCAUUCUCAGGCAUCCCGAAGCCGAGCGACAACAACAACAAGCCGAUCGUAAACGGUUCGACCGCGUUAGUGUGGAUUCAGCGGACGAGGACAUCCUAUUGGACUCGAUGUGUCGCCGGCUUCCGCAGACUGGCCACUGGCGUCAGGAGUUGCUGAGCUCGCAAGACGGAUCUUCGGUCCCCGCGGAGUCUUUGGCCCUGGAUAAAUUCUCGGUCCCCGAGAGGCCCUCGGUCCCCAGGGAAGACUCCUCUUUGGUCGGUGUUGACUCCUUGGCCGGUGUUGACUCGAUGGCCGUGGGAGACUCACUGGCCGUGGAAGGGUCUGUGGUCGACCCACAGGACUUAUCGCCCCAGGCGGAGCCGGCGCCGGACUUGGGCGAGAUUGUAUUGUCUAAUCGACACAGCGAGCGGAGUGAGUUCACCUUCCAGCAAAAGCCGCCAGCAGCUACCGGGUCUGCAACCUCUGGGAGUGGUCCUGUAGCGCCUGGGUUCGGAACUGCGGACCCUGGAUCUGGGCCGAAAGUCGCUGGAAGCCGACUUGGUCGGGUUGCGGAUCUGACAGCUGGCGGUCUCCAGGAGCAACGGAACACCGGCUCGCUGGUGGAAGGCGCGUCGCACUCGUGCUCGUUCAUGGCAUCGCCGAUCGAGGUGCCACGACCCGUUCACAUUUGCGACUCGGUCGAAAGUGUGAGCAGCUACGAAAAGGACGACAGGGAACGCUAUGGGAUGGAACGGGAAGGGAUGGACCGAGGAGGGUUACAAGCUUUGGGCGGAGCAAGGGUUUCUGACGGGACACGGGUUCCGACUGGGACACGGGUUCCGACUGGGACACGGGUUCCGACUGGAGUACAGGGACCGAUUACAACGCAGGCACAGGACCAAGGUGGGGCUGGUGUUGGGCAUGGUUCUGUAUUAGCUCAGUUGGGUGUAAGACCGAAUGGCAGUCGGUCCUUGGCUGGUCGGAUUCGGUCGACUCGGUUCCGGGUGGCGGAGAGUUCCGACGGGAGCGAAGAUGCCUUUACGAAGAUGAGCACGGAGGGGUACCCGAUUGAGGAGCGGUUGGUGCGGCGUCUGACAAACAAUCGUAAGGAAAUGGUUGUAUUGCAACGUGACGGAUCGCAGUUCCGCGGUUUCGCAGAUACCGGUUGUCCUGAGACCUCUGACGGCGAACGAGAUCGAGAUCGGUCUUCCAACCUUGGUUCUGACCGAGGUAGCGCAUGCAACCUCGGUUCCGAUCAUGUGUCGGAGAGGGAUGCGCACGAAAGUGUGUCUGCGAAUUUGUCCACACACGAACGAGACGACCCCACGGGAGGAGGUGGUUCGUGUCGAAGCCGGUUCGUCCCGGAGGGUAAACCGCUGGUGCUGCCUUCCCUCAUGCCCUGUAAGACCCUCAUGCCCUGCAAGACCGUCAUGCCGCGCCCGGACUCCAGUCAAAACUCUUCCGUACAGUGCGUGCCCUCUGACGAAGCUUCCGUCAGCGACAACCGCGCCGCCUCGCUGCCCAACCUCGCCAGCGUCUCCGCCAGCGUUUCCGCUAGCGUCUCCGACCCCAUGGAAGAUCACGACGUCGAACCCCCGCAUCACGAUCCCGGACACCGCGAUGUGGGACACCGCGAUCUCGGACCUGUCGGACCUCCAGUGCAGCACCCUGAACCUCCAAUGCAACCGCUGCAGGCCCCUCCCGCCAUGCACGGCCUCCUGAUGCACCAGCCCCCGCUGCACGGCCUCCCGAUGCACGGCCAGAUGCCGAAGUCGGGAUGCGAGGGUGGGUUGCCGGAUGGGUUGGUGGGUAGCAGUGAAGUGGGCGCUUGCGGCCAGACGUUGAUAAAGAACAAGGGGCCGGCGGUGCAGUCGGCAACGCCACCGUCUGCGCAGGUCGUAUUGCGCAACGGGGAGAUGCGCACGACCACGUUGCCCUCCAAUUCAUCCUUCCUCUCGCCGCUGCCUUCGCUCCGACUGCAGUCCGUCUCUGACCUGCGCGUACCCGAGGACGCCGAGGAGCUGGAACUCACCUACCGCCUCCCCUCGGGUCGUCUCGCUCGCAGACCCAGUCCUCCGGAUACCGCUUGGGACCGCCGUCGCGUGGCCCUGCCCCUGGCGGCCGGAGACCUGGCGACCGGGGACCUGGCAACUGGAGACCCGGCGCCCGAGACCGAGGUGGCUUCGCCUUUCGGGGAUGGCUCGCCAAACGCAUUGAGAGCCGGAGCCAAACAGACCACGCCCAAACAGGCUACACCCAAGAGGGAAAACACCUUCGGUCGUGCUGACGACGAUGUCUGUGCUGAGAUCGGAUCCCUGCAUGGCCGGCCACCAAGAGGACUCAAGGUAAGCAAACGGAAGAAGCUUCGUAGUAAGGGGCGAGCUCCGUCUGAGACGAGGGUGAUCAGUGUUGGCGGCAAAGAAGCGCAGACACCGAUGCCGCAUAUCCAGACGCUCAGCAAGCUGCAGCAGGACUCCGCCCAACGCAGGCGCAAGUGGGAGAUCACUUGCAAUCUCUUUGUAAAAGGCAAUGUCACGGCAAGAACUCCACGAGACCGACUUAGCGCACGAGACCGACUUAGCGCACGAGACCGACUUAGCGCACGAGACCGACUUAGCGCACGAGACCAAGUCACCGCUGGAGACCGACUUAGCGCGAAGGAUCGAAUAAGUGCUAGAGACAACGUGAGUGCACGAGAGAGAGCAAGGACUCGAGAGAGAGUUAGCGCACAGUCCAAUCUCAGUCCAAACAGCCGACCCUCGGAGUUACGUCCGGCUGCCGGUGACAAGACGAGUUCUGACAUCACGAGCGCAGCCCGCCAGAGUCAACAGUUCGGGUGGUCCGAAGUGGACGGGGAGCAGAGGGCGGUGAAGGGGAGUGUAUGGUGUUGCGAGUCGUCACAGUGGAACCGGCAGUUGGACGGCUUGCGGUUUUAUAGUGAGUUGACGCCGCUGAUGAAACUGGAACCGCAACCGGUGCCUCUAGAAGUACGGCAGGUGCAGGUCUGUUGCACCGAGCUUCAGAAAGAACCGCCGCUGCCCUGCGGUAAAGGCGGUGUUUACACACUUGAUAGCCAGACCACGUCCGCCGGCGCCGACGACUCGGGACCCAUCCUCUCUGGCGGACUCGGCUCUCGUCCCGUCGAGAGCCGGCCAUGGCCGUGGCCGAGAAGCGGCCUCGGUACGGGAAAUGGUCUUGGUUGCGAGGACUCGGACGACGACGACUUGCUCAGCAUUACUCGGAGUCCCGCCGACGCACCACUUGGGUCGGCAGAUGGGGUUGGGUUCGAGCAAGCAGCAGCGAAGAUAGUGGAGCCAGUGAAGUUAGCGGAGCCAGUGAAGUUAGCGGAGCCAGUGAAGUUAGCGGAGCCAGUGAGACUGAGAUUAACCAAGAGGCAAGAGAUCAGUCAGAGGGAGGCGUUGGCGAGAAUAAGUAGAAUGGUGGAGUUGUGGGUGAUGCGGCAGCGGAUUGCACGUCUCUAUGUUUUGCAGAAGGCGGCGCGACGCAUCCAGCAGUGGAUGCGGAGUUCGCUGAUGAACCGGAACGCGGCCGGGACUGGGAGGCCGCGAUUGUACCGGGUUGCAUCCUCGAGCGAGAGCGGGGCCGAGCGACCGGCGUGGCGCCAGGGAGCGCCAAACAGUCUGGAGGAGCGCUGUCUGGGAGUGCGCCGGGCGCCGGAAGCGGGGUCGCGCACGCGGGUGCAGGCGGUCACGGGUGCGAUCGUGAUGCGCAGCGCGCGACCCCUGACACCGCUGCGUCCUCUGACGCCGCCGUUGCGACUCACACCACCGGCGGGCCGUUGCCUGCCCCAAAACCAGCGUUUCCUGACGGCCUCGAAGCUGACGAGCUUCGAGGGGCGAGUGGCCGGUGCUGAACGCACCCUCUUUGGAACCCGCCACGCCUCCAGCCGCCACGUCUCCGGCAGCAGCUUCGACAACGCCACCGGCAACAGUAGCGAAAUCGACGACAGCGACCGCGACCCCUGUGGAGACAGCCACUCCAGCUGCGACGAUCGGAGCGACUGCAGCCAAAGCGGGAGCGACAGUCAACUCGACAGCCGCAGCGAGAGCGAGAGCGAACUGGACGACCGGAGCGAACUGGACGACCGGAGCGAGAGCGACCGGAGCAAGCGGUACUCGAGCGAUUGUAGCAGUAGCUGCAGCAGCGGGCAUGGCCGCGGGGAGAACAGGUACUGUGCACGUCGCGUCCACGGCGGUCCAAGCCGCAGCCAGACGGGUUGCGCCCGCCCGAGCUACGGGUGCCUCGCGCAGGCGCCAGGCCGGCAAGGUCUGGCGCCUGCACACCGACCGAUCAUGCGGAGAGAGUAG